UUUAGAAUAAUCAUAUUAUAUAUAGAAAAGAAAAGCGAGCCACCUUAGCUUCCAAAGCAGUACUAGUAGUUUCCAAGAAGACUUGGAGAUAUUGUAUGUGUAGAAGAACCUAACAUAUAUAUAUAUAUAUAUACUGUUGAACAUGGCUGCAGAUGCCCCGGCGCCGGCGCCGGCGCCGUCGUCGUCUAGAGUUAAAUGCCCGGCGCCGUUUCUGGUGAAGACUUACGAUCUGUUGGAGGAAGAAGAGCGGAGAAGAGAAGAAGGCGGCGUUGAAAAUGAAAGAGCGCAGGAGAAGAUAGUGUCGUGGAAUGGACAAGGCACCGGUUUUGUUGUCUGGUCGCCCCCGGAGUUUUCUGAACUUCUGCUACCUCGCUAUUUCAAACACAACAAUUUCUCCAGUUUUAUCAGACAACUUAAUACUUAUGGAUUCAAGAAAGUGGCAUCUAAAAGAUGGGAAUUUCAACACGACAAGUUUAGGAAGGGGAGUAAGCAUUUGCUAAUUGAGAUAAGUAGGAAGAAAGUUGAGCCCAGUGGGUUUCCUGCAUACCUAAGAGCCAAUGAAGAAGCUUCAACAUCAUCAUCAAUGGCGGCUGCGACAACAUCCAUAUCCCAGGUAGACAUUAAUACGAGGAAGCUAUUGAUGGAGGAGAACAGGAACCUAAGGAAGGAAAGAAUGGAGCUUCAGACGCAAAUUGCUCAUUUCAAAACACUUGAGAUUAGGUUGCUGGAAUGUCUCUCCACUUACAUGGGCAACCACAAUCACCACCAUCAUCAUCAUCGUCAACACAAUAAGUUCAGGAGACUCUCUUAACCAUUAAUGUUUUACUGUCUGAUCUGAAAAUAUAUUUGUCGUUUUCGACCUUGUCCUGUCAUGGGUUUGUUCCGGUCAAAAUGUUGGCAAACGGAUCGGAAUUGUCAAAUCUUCAAACCUAAACAUCGGUCAUUCCUUUGGAAAUUCUGGGCUCUUCCUUAACAUUUUGUGUUGACAUUAAUUCAACCUUGUGUCACAGUGCCA